AUGAGUGUGCGCAAGGCGCACAAUUCUGGACGCAACCAUCUGAGAAACGUUGUGGAGUACUACCAACAGAUCGGACAAGAAAAGGCCCAAUCCGUCAUUGACUCCAUCACAUCAUCAUACGCCGCCGAGGGCCAGGCAGUACCCAACCCUGCGAUGGUUCCUCCGGGCGCCUACCCCCCUCCCUUUGGAUUUCCCGGCCGCCCAGGUCAACUUCCUCCACCUCCCUUCGGGAUGCCCGCACCUGGCGCAGCUCCCGGAGCCCCAGGCAUGCCUCCUCCCCCUGGAGCAAGAGGCCUUCCCUUCCCACCCCCGUUCCCCGGCGUCGGCGGCCCCGGCGCCCCUGGCGGUCUUCCUGCCCUCCCCAACAUGCCCCCUGGCGCCCAGGGAUUCCCUCCCAUCCCACCCCCCGGCGGGUUUCCAGCUGGGUUCCCCACGCCUCCUCCCGGCGCAGCUGGGUUCCCCGGCCUGCCUCCCCCGGGCCAGCUUCCGCCAGCCGGGUACAGCCCCAGCCCGACUCCGGGGAUCAAUGGCCCGCCCGGCUCCGAUGCAUAUGCCCAUGCUGCUCCGCCUCCUGGCAUGGGUUCUUCGUCUCUGCCCGGCCCGCCUCCGGGAAUGGGUGAUAGACGAUGA